AUGUCCCAAGAGCGCGACAAGAUGGCACAAGAAACAUGCACUCAGCCGAAACCACUAUUUGUCUACGGAACCCUCUGCGCCAAGGAGCUACUUGCCUGGGCACUGACAGGGGACUCGUCCAACGUUGAUUACAUCGACACUCUGAUCCGCCCUGCGAGGGUCUACGGAUUCGCACGAUACAGAUUACGCGGCCGCGACUACCCGGCCGCUACCGUUCGCGGAGACUCGUACAUUGAUGGGUAUCUCGUUUCCUUUCAGAGCACGUCGCAGCGGAGAAAGCUAGAUGACUUUGAGGGUGAGACGUACACGCCCGUUUCCACGAGGACGUGUAUUUUGGACGAAAACAACGAGUGUUCUGGGGAGGAGAUACCAGCAGAUAUAUACCUUUGGAACGGCCCUGCCGAGAGCCUGACUCAAGAACCUUGGGAGUUGCAGGUGUUUGUCAAUGAAAGCUUGGAAGACUGGCUUGAUUUGUUUCAAGGCAUGGAGCUAACUGGUGGCGAAUAA